AUGAUGGAUGUCCCACCGAUGAUCAACCAGUUCACCAACACCUUGAACAAGAACCAGGCCACUCACGUUCUCAAGUUCUUGGCCAAGUACCGUCCCGAGACUCCCGCUGACAAGCGUGCCCGUCUUAUGGCCAUCGCUAAGGCUAAGGAGGCCGGUGAGGAGACCACUCAGACCAAGCCCACUGCUAUUGCCUAUGGUCUCAAUAAGGUUACCUCUCUUGUGGAGCAGAACAAGGCUAAGCUCGUUGUGAUCGCCUCUGAUGUCGAUCCCAUUGAGCUCGUCGUGUGGCUCCCCACUCUGUGCCGCAAGAAGGACGUCCCCUACUGCAUCAUCAAGGGCAAGUCUCGUCUUGGUCAACUCGUUGGUAAGAAGACUGCCGCUGUUGUUGCCGUGACUGAGGUCGGUAAGGAGGAUGCCGCCGCUUUGGAGACCAUCCAGAAGACCAUGCACGUCCAGUACAACGAGAACACUGACAUCCGUCGUCACUGGGGUGGUGGAAUCAUGGGCCAGAAGUCCAACGAUGUUAUCGCCAAGCGUGAGAAGGCUCUUGCUGAGGAGGCUGCCAAGAAGAUGGCUAUCGCCGCCUAA